CUCUGACGGGGGUCACGUGGUGCCGGGGAGACGGUUGGAGGAGCGGGAGGGAGAGAGCGAGAGAGCGGCCGCCAUGAAUAUCCGCAACGCCCGGCCGGAGGACCUGAUGAACAUGCAGCACUGCAACCUGCUGUGUUUGCCCGAAAACUACCAGAUGAAGUAUUACUUCUACCACGGCCUGUCCUGGCCACAGCUCUCGUACAUCGCUGAGGACGAGAACGGGAAGAUCGUGGGUUACGUUCUGGCAAAAAUGGAGGAAGACCCAGACGACGUCCCUCAUGGGCACAUCACGUCUCUGGCGGUGAAGAGGUCCCACCGGCGUCUGGGUCUGGCCCAGAAGCUGAUGGACCAGGCGUCCCGAGCCAUGAUCGAGAACUUCAACGCCCGAUAUGUGUCCCUGCACGUCAGGAAGAGCAAUCGAGCCGCCCUGCAUCUCUACUCCAACACGCUGAAUUUCCAAAUCAGUGAGGUGGAGCCCAAGUACUACGCAGACGGGGAGGAUGCCUACGCCAUGAAGAGGGACCUGACGCUGAUGGCCGAUGAGUUCCGGAAGCAAGCGGACGUCCGUGAUCGUCUCCGGCCCCCGGGCUCGCUGGACCACCGGCCCCACCACCGAUCCAACCACUUCUCCGACUGUUGCCGUGACGACAAGUGCCCGGGUGGGGGGGGCGGCGGCGGUGUCGGUGUCGGUGUCGGUGACGUCGGCGGGGGAGGGAGCACGGUGACGGUCGUCCCCACGGUGACCGGGGGGAGAGGCCGGGACGGAGCGGAGGACAGCGGAGACAGCAAGGACGUGAGCGAGGUCAGUGAGGCCACGGAGAGCACAGACGUGAAGGACAGCUCGGAAACGUCCGACUCUGCCUCGUAACGCGGGCACCUCGUUCUGCCCCCCUGCCCCCCUCCAGCCUCCACCCCACAGAGAGACCUCGUAACGCGGGCACCUCGUACAGCCCC